UGGUUGUGACGGCACCGAGUGUAACCUCUUUGAAGAUCAGACUUGACUAACACUAGCGCAGGUACAGGUACAUUCAGGAGCCGGUGCAUGCCCAGUACUUGCCAACAGUGCGUAACAGACCAGCUGCCCAAGAAGCUAACGAGCCGAUCUGUGGCGGAGAUAGAAGCAAAAUGAGGAUAAUGGCUGGAUACCUGACCUGGCUGACUUGGGUGUUGCUGCUGGCUCUCUGCUACACGCCUACACCUGCUCACUCUGGGAGCUUCGGGUCAGCAGGUAUUGGUGGUGGUGGUGGUAAUGAGUUCACCCUGGACGGUAUUCAUGACGGCCCGUGGAUUGGCGAUGACGGAUACAUAGGAGGAAGUGACGCCGACUCAACAGGACCGGGUGUGAUACUAAGGACUCCGAUUCAACUAUUUAACUCUACAGGUACCAGGCUGAUACCAGUGAUAACAGGUCCUCCACUCAACUCAAGACCCCAAAAGUAAUAGACAUGACCAACAGUCCUGUAAUAAAAUAAUAAAUGUAAUAAAAUAAUGUAAUAAAAAAUUUCAAUAUA